AUGCGGAUCAUUUCUCGCUGUAAACUUGGGCUUGGCCUUUUGCCCCUCUCCAAGUACUGCAUCAAGGGUUCAGGAAAUCUUUCCCAAGGAAUCUCAAAGUGGUCAACCCAAUCGGCACCUCUAACCAAAUGGCUGGGUGAGGGACAAGGUGAGAGUGAGGAGGGCGUGGAGGUAGAAGUGGUGAGGAGGAGUGAUGGUGAAGCUGAGUGGGAUGCAGAGAUGCUCCAUUACCAAAAGGUAGCCAGCAUUCUGACCCAUCGUCAACAAAAGCAACAACAGCAAAUAGCCCAGGAUACGGUGAUCUUCAGGCAGACGUACCAGCAGCCAUCCAGUCGGAGGGAGUUUGACCUGAAUGACCCAGACUUGCUCAAAAACAUGAGUCCUGAGGAGGCACAGAUGAUGAUCCCCGGGCUGCCCGGUGAAGACCCCAACUGUAAAGACCGCCAGCAGAGACAAAGGGAGCAGCUCAGCCACUGGCUCAUACAACAGCAGGCAGAACAUAAGAACUAUGACCAGUUCAUGGUGGAGGUCAACAAUAUGGCUCUAGAGCUGCAAAACCUUGAGAUGGAGAACCGAAAAGCCGAAGUCAUGGCAACUAAAGAUUUCAAUCUUGCAAUGAAGAAAAAAAGGCGUCAGCAAUCUAAGGAUAAGGACACCGGAGUUUGGGAUUUCAUGGAUGGAGAGAUCAAUGCAGACUCCCCCCAAAGCAUAGUGGAAAAAGAGAGGAAAGAGAUCUUAAAGCUUAAAGAAUUUCAGCAACAACAAAUGGAAGAAAAAAAACAAAAACUGAGUGAGGAAAAUGAGCAGCGUUACUAUGACAGCAUCCGCAUUGAUUCAGCUCGGACGGCCACACUCAUUGAGAGACAACAGGCAAAACUCAACAAACAAAUGAGGAAACACCUGGACAGCACCAACCACAUGUUAGCAGAGACCAGGAAACAAAUAAAACCGGCGAUUUCAAAGGGCGCUGUCACUGAGAGUUUCUUCACCCAGUUCAACACUUGCAGUCGAUGA